GUUGGCAAGUUCAUCCCUAGGAAAGAGCGAAUCGCCCUCCUUGGAGACAAGAUGAAACGCUUCAACAAUGUUUACAUCAAGAACUUCAAAGACGCGUUAGAUGAUGACAAGAUUAGGGAAUUGUUUGAUCCAUGUGGCAAGAUCAUGAGUGCCAAGCAAACCCCACAGUUUAACGAGAUGUUCCAGCCAACUGGAGCAGGUUACUUUGUGCCCACCAUGCCCCAAGCCCAUCGUGGAUUCUUUGCACCAACACAGAUGCCCCAGGUCAGAGCCAGUCCCAGGUGGCAGACACAAGUCCGACCCAUGCAGCCAACUGCUGGUUUCCAAGGUAUGCCUGCCAGUGGCCAGAUGCGCACCACUGCCCCACGAGCUGGUCAGCCAGCUGUCCGUGCAGGUGUCAAUGCCCGGCCAAUCACUGGACAGUCUGGUGCAGUGCCAACCAAUCCCAAUGCUCGCAUGGCUGCGAUGGGCCCCAGUAUGGGCAACCGACCAACAGCUGCUGCUCCAGCGUUGCCCAACGCCCCCACCAGACAGGGAUUCAAGUUCAACACCCAGAUGCGCAAUCCCCCAACAGCUGUACCACAGUCACAGGUCAUGCAGCAGCCCCAGCAGUCGGUUGUCAUCCCAGUGCAGGAGCCUCUGACAGCCUCCAUGUUGGCUGCUGCCCCACCACAGGAACAGAAGCAGAUGCUAGGAGAGAGGCUGUUCCCUCUGAUCCAGGGGAUGUACCCCGAGCUUGCUGGAAAAAUCACUGGCAUGUUGCUCGAGAUCGACAACUCAGAACUUCUUCAUAUGUUGGAGUCAUACGAGUCUCUCAAGGCAAAGGUUGAUGAGGCUGUUGCUGUAUUGCAAGCCCACCAGGCCAAAGAAGCUGCUGCCAUGUCCAAGGGCGACAAGUGGCAGCCCCAGCAGUCGGUUGUCAUCCCAGUGCAGGAGCCUCUGACAGCCUCCAUGUUGGCUGCUGCACCACCACAGGAACAGAAGCAGAUGCUAGGAGAGAGGCUGUUCCCUCUGAUCCAGAGGAUGUACCCCGAGCUUGCUGAAAAAUCACUGGCAUGUUGCUCGAGAUCGACAACUCAGAACUUCUUCAUAUGUUGGAGUCAUACGAGUCUCUCAAGGCAAAGGUUGAUGAGGCUGUUGCUGUAUUGCAAGCCCACCAGGCCAAAAGAAGCUGCUGCCAUGUCCAAAGGGCGACAAGUGGCAGGUUGUCUUCAUUUUUUAUUGCACAAGACCCCAGCAGUCGGUUGUCAUCCCAGUGCAGGAGCCUCUGACAGCCUCCAUGUUGGCUGCUGCCCACCACAGGAACAGAAGCAGAUGCUAGGAGAGAGGCUGUUCCUCUGAUCCAGAGGAUGUACCCCGAGCUUGCUGAAAAAUCACUGGCAUGUUGCUCGAGAUCGACAACUCAGAACUUCUUCAUAUGUUGGAGUCAUACGAGUCUCUCAAGGCAAAGGUUGAUGAGGCUGUUGCUGUAUUGCAAGCCCACCAGG